AUGAGCUUCAGUCCCUCAGCGGGGCAGCGGUCCAUGGACCAAGCGAUUCAGAAAUACAACGGCAAGCCCGAUAUCCUAACUGGCGAGUAUUCAAACCUCACCAUCGUCCUGAAGAAGACGUCUGAGAGGGGCAAUCUCGGACAUCUGUUCAUUACGACUGUCGAUCCGCAAGGACAUUACGUCUCCUUACUUGUUCAUCCACCGCCAGAACAUGAAUCGAGAGAAGUCCGGAUCCAAUUCGAUCCGCCGCUCAAAUCUCCUUGGGAAGUCAAGGCGAUAUUUGAACAAUGGGAGGCAGAAGCGAAACGCAACUUCAAGAUCCCUGACAACCUGCCGAUCAACUACUACUCCCCUCCUCCGUUGUUUCCCAUGACUGUCCCCGUCAUCAUUGGUCUCUCAGCACUCAUCUUUGCCGACAUGGGCCGAGGACACUACGCAGAGAUGUUCAGAGCAUGGAUAGUGAGGGUUUUUGGAAAGUACAUGAUACGAGGAGCAGAAAUCUUCGCUGCCUUCAUGCAUCUCCUCUCCGAACCCGUAUGGAUGUUGGUUCUCUUACGGAGGCACCAGACACCUUGGUCUGAAGGAUGGAAAUGGGUUCUCACGGUCAUGCUCCUGGGAGCAGCAGGAGUUAGCGAAUUCAACGAUUGCGUCGAAUACGAACGGCUGUCAUACAUUUACAGUCAAACCGAAGUCGGCCCUUUACCUCCUCGACUGGAACGCAAAGCAUCGCCAAAAGUGAAACGGGAUUGA